GGUCCUUUUUUUUUUUUUCUCCAAUUCUUUGAGUUGAUUCUUGUGUUUGUCUUCUUUAGUGAUCGAUUUCUCAUUCUCUGUUUGGUUUCUGAGAAAAUGUUGCGAAACGAAGAACAUAAAGUUUCAUACUUUCGAUUAAUUACGUUAGUACGACUUUUUUACCCAAUCCCAGUUGGGUUUUUCCUCUUUGUUUGCUUGACAACCAAACGGAAGAAUGCCUGAGAGCAAGCCAGUGAUUGGCCUUUCAUGGGAACCAAAGCUGCCAAAUUUGUCAUUGGGAACCCAUAAUGUGUCUGAUAGCAAAUCUCAAGAUCAGACUGAAACUGUUGCACUUUGGAGACCCAAUUCCGAGCUUGUUGAUGGGCUUUUUGUCCCGCCGAAUGACCCAAAAAAGUUAAACAAAUUGAUGAGAACGCAACUCAAAGAUACCACUGGGAAGAGUUGGUUUGACAUGCCUGCACAAACCAUCACUCCAGAGGUCGAAAAAGAUCUGCGGUUACUGAAGUUGAGAAGUGCCAUUGAUCCAAAGAGGCACUACAAGAAGGGUGAUUCAAAAUCAAAAACGCUGCCAAAGUAUUUCCAGGUGGGCACAGUGAUAGAGUCAGCAUCAGAAUUCUUCACAGGUAGACUAACAAAGAAGGAGAGGAAGGCAACGCUUGCAGAUGAACUGCUAUCUGAUCGUUCCCUUGCUCAGUACAGGAAGCGGAAGGUUCGAGAGAUAGAAGAAAAAAAUCGACCAGCUGGAAAUGAUAAGUGGAAGAGAAAGCCUGGGCAGCAGUCAUGGAAGCGUGGAAAGCAAAGAAGACAGUGACAUUUUUUAUCAGUUUUUUCUGCAUGCAUGGAGCAAGCACAUUGGGAAAGAUUAUUACCGCCGAUGCUAAGAUAACCAGAGAAAUAUGUAACAAAAUGAGAGAUACUUGUAUCAAAGAUGCAGAAUUCGUUUGAGCUAUUUUUCCAUGUAAGAACAAUGAUUUUUUGACCUCUAGUUGUAUCUAGACAAAGCCAAUAUAUAUGGAUGAUUUUUUUUAUUU